AUGAAGAGGCAACCUUUAUCCGAUGUUGAGCUUCAAGAUCGUCUGAGUGUGUUUCAGCAAAUGAAGACGUACGUUGACACUCUUAACGCCGAAGAAGUUGAAUUUGGGACAACUCAUUUAGCAGACUUAUCCCCAACUCCUGAGUUGAAACCGUUCUAUGCCCUUGUUGGGGCUCUUCUUAGUCCGCUCACCUCUGAACCCCAGCGAAAGAAAGCUUUAACACAAUUAAUCGAGCAUUAUAAGGUAUUAACCCCAAAAACACUUUCCGAAGCUCCCGAAGACAUUUUACUUGAACUCUUAACUGGUUGUCGCUUUAAAGAGAAAAAGGUCAAGAACAUCAAAGCGUGUGCGACUUUGGUCCACACGAAGUAUCACGAUACUGUCCCAAAGGAUAUCGCAACACUCAAAACCUUUCCAGGAGUCGGUCUUAAAGUUGCGAACAUCAUUUGUUUUGCUGGGUACGGGUUGAUCUCCGCGUUGAAUGUCGACGAACGGUCUCUCCUCUUAAUGCGACGUUUAGAGUGGAUUUCGGCGGAGGAAAGUAAUCUGGAGAAAGUGCGCGUCGACGUUGAGGGGUGGGUCCCACAAGACAUCUGGAAUUGUUUUCCUAAGGUGACUAUUCUCUUUGCCAAAAAGAUAUGUAAAAAAGUCCCCUUGUGUGAACAGUGCGUUUUAGCACAGAAAAUGGUCUGCCCUUUUUACUGCCAUAAAAAUGGUCUCUUUCGGCGAAGUCUUGAAAAUGAGAAGAUGAGAGUCGAGAUUGAGAAUUUGGACGAAAAUGACGAGUUGGGAUUCGUAAUCGAUGGAAAGGAAGAAAAAGGAGAGUUUCUGUCGGGUCUUGAUUUGGUUGAACUUGGAGAGAUCCACAGCCAACAAAUCGAAAAUCAAAGCAAAAAUGAUGCAUCACAAGAUAAAAAUUGA